GCACUUCCGCAGCGUGAAUACCCAGUAACUUAAGUGUUAAGUGUUACUUAAGUCAAUUCACAUUCAUUCAAAUGCAAACUAAUUAAUCAUGCGGUGUUUUACAAUUUUAAUAUUGUAUUUAUAUUUUAACCAAGACCACGUGUUUGGAAAUGUGCAAUUGUCGCUUCGGAAUUAUCUCGCUGAUCGAAUGCGCUACGUAAACGAGGAGUUUGCACGAAUAAAACGCUCCAAAGAUGUGCAUCAGCAGAGUCAAAUCGACUUCGGCGAGUCGCACCUCGUCACCUUCGAGAACACCACCGAGGCGCACACGUUCGACCUCUUCGGCCGCAAUUAUCUCCUCUCCGAUGGCGAGUUGUAUUACGUUGCGCCCGAAGACAACAAGUACAUCCUGACGUCGCUGAAGACGUUCCCUGAAAUGCGCGAUGAAAUUGCCUUCAUCAAGACGACUGACCACGAUGGAGUCGGGUUUAUGUUCGUGUGCUUCGUGCACGAUACAGUCUCGCAUGUUUAUCGCUUUAGCAACGAUUCGCUUGAGCCUCGGACGCCGGUGCAGACAAUCAAGACGAUCAAUCAAUUAACUGAUGCGACGUUUUUCGUUAGCCAUGGUUCAUUAUAUCUUGUCAUUUCUAGUGUACUAGGUGUUUCAAUGGCCCCAGUUGUUGUUUACAAAUGGGAAAAAAGUCAUUUUGAUGACAUAGAAAAAAUCUAUGUUGAUGGUGCAAUUGGGCUGAGCUCGUUUCCAAAUUUCGAUUCUGAUUCAGAAAUCCUCAUCGUCUUAAGACACAAUGAGUUAGAAUCAUCGAAUUCGUAUGUGUAUGAGUUUGAUGCCGAUAAAUUGAGCAAAAUCCAAAUCUUGGACGAUAUCAGAUCGACGCAUCUUCUUACUUUCAACCAUGCUAACCAUACGUUUCUUGUGGUCUUCAACGAUGCUCCUACUAGCACUCUAUAUCGAUGGUACCACAAUGAAUUUAUUCUUCUGCAUCAAUUUGAAGUCCAACCAAAUGUCCAACAAGUUUUUCUUUCAAUACAAGAAGAGAUUCCUUUGAUCGCUACAGUUACCAAAGAUAAUUUAAUGGUGUUUACUCUGAUGGUGGAUACCAUCCAACAUUUGAAGACGCAUCAGUUGGUUCCAAGCUUCACAAAAGUUUUAAACAUGCAUAUUACUCAGUUUUUUGGUGAAAAAGUGGUUUUACUCCUAGGGUUGACAGAUGAUCACGAAUUGAAUUUUAUGUUGAUUCCAAUGACCCACACGAAAAUAGAUAUAGUAAGCAGUGUGCAUCAAAGUGAUGGUCUUGAAGACUGUAUGAACAAGUUGGAUGACUUCAUUAAUAACUCCAAACUUGAUGAAUUGAUCAAACCUAGUCCUUCUAAAACCCAUGAGAAGAUAAUCCAAUCACCAAAGGAAGCUGAAGAGUUUACUCCUGGUCCAGAGGCGGCUUUAAGACAAAAUACUCCUGAGGAGUUUUCUUCAUUAGAUGAUCUUGAAGAAGAAACUAAUAAAGUCUUAGAACAACUUAAACAACUUGAAGUGAAGACACAGAAUUUAAAACCUUUGCUAUCUGAAGCUCUUGCAAACCAUGACGUGAUUGUUGAUGGAAAAGUCUUGAUCCAAGGGUCGUUGAAUGCAGAAAAAUUAAAGGCUUCGAGUAUACGUACCAAGAAACUCAACGGUAUUAACUGGGAGCCGGAAAGAUGGUUAUCCACUUCUGGUAAUCAAAUAAUCACAACUCCAAUGUACAUCAACAGCUUGAAGGUAUCCGAUCUGGAAGUCCACAACGACAAUGGUCUAUUCAAAGAUACGCUGUCCACGGCUGGUGUCCCCGAUGGGAAUCAAACGCUGACGGGAGUUAUGCGCGUCGCCUCCCUAAAAGCCUUCAACAUAUUCGCACCCCAAAUUAACGACGUCGACAUGCGAUCGCUUUAUCUGCGGCGCGCACCGGCCCGCAUAACGGGGAAUAAAAGUUUCAAUAACGUUCACGCCGCCGACGUCCAUGCCACCGCUCUAAACGGGAAAAACACAUCGGAAACCAUCAAGCUAUUCGGCGACCCCAAGGCGCUGCCAUACGAAUUCCAGCCUUUAGUGACGGUCAAGAAUUUGGUAGUGGAGACGAUUAACGACGUCGACUGGCGCAACUUUUCCGCAGAUGUGUUCCGCAUCGGUGGCGCGCAGACAAUUCGCGGGGAUGUGACGCUCAACAACGUGAAAACGCAAUUUCUAGCGCCGGAAUUCAUCGGAGGCGUGCGCGUCGAAGAUUUGCUGACGGCCACUACCACGCAGAAUGUCGAUUCCAUUGUAGAAUUUCGCACUGUUCAUGCUCCCAACAUCCGAGUGAAAAAAAUCAACAAUUUGGACUUUCAGCAUGACGUUGCCACAGUUUCCACUGGUGCAAAUACAUUGAUAGCCGGUCCGGUCACGCUGAAAACGAUGCAUAUCACCGGUAAUUUGGCGAUCAACGGCUCGGUGGACGAGUUCUACAAACAGAAUCACAUAGUAGGCACGCACGAACGCGAUUUAUUACAAAUUUAUAAUAACAAAGUGCGCAUCAACGGCGAUCUGCGCCUGGCGAACGUGCAGAUGACCCAGGCGGCGAGGCUGUUCAUUAACGGCAACGAGUUUAAUCAGGCGAGCUUCGACGACUACUGGCUGAAAACUACAAAUCAGGAGAUACCGGUGCAUUUCGAGGCGCAGCGCGGCAUUUCCACCCCGCAUUUGAACACCAAGCUCUUGAACGACAUCCCCAUCGAUGAUUACAUGGCCAAUGGUAUCACCACCAGUCCACCGGGUACAAAACACACAACAUACGUGUUCGAAAACGUCACCAUCAUUGGCAGCGUUAUCGUCGACGGGGCGAAACAGCAUCAACCAGAUUUACAGAAACUGAACGCCGACGCAGUUAGAUUAAAUGGCACGUAUACGUUGAGAGGCAGGAAAAAAUUUGCGGGUAGCAUGAGCGUGGAGAAUUUGAAAGCGGAUCAAUUGAACGAUGUUAAAACUAGUGAGUUACUCACACAAUCAGCGAGUAAUAUCAUCGGUAGCAAAAUCAUUCGCAAUCUAACGGUGCAGAGCGUAAACGUCAAUAAUUUGACGAUGCAACAAUUGCAUGGUAUCGAUCUGCAGGAGUUGCGGUCACGCGCUGUUUUCAUCGAUCAAUCGGCCGAGCUGGCCAACGUCGACUUUGAUAAUCUAACCGCUACUCAUCUCUUUGCGGCGAAAAUUAAUAACAAAUUAUUUAACGAGUACCUCGUCGAGUUGAAUCAACUGCAUCUGUUGGAGACGUUGAAUAAGCUGGAAAUCACUGGCAACGCUUCUAUUAGCAAAGUGGAUCACGUCAUUUAUAUUAAUACCGUGAAUAUGCCUGCAAUCAUCGCAAAGAUGGGUGGAAAUGAAGGCGAGCCACUCACUAAUAAAUUAUUCUUUGAUGGAAAAGUGCAUGUAAAGGAGCUCAUCGUUGGUCAAAUGAACGAUAUUAAUCUUCAGGAGCUUCUUGAACAACUCUAUUAUCGUGUGUGGCCUCAAAAUGUUACCGCAAAGCAUACAUUUAAAUAUCUUCAUACUCCGAAUAUGUUCACACCGCAAAUCAAUAACAUCCGCACAACGUACCUGAUCAACACCAACGCGCAACACCUCCAGGUGCUGGAAGUAAAGCACGGUUUGCGUUUAACAAAGCCACGCUUUAAGCGCUCACUCUACGCCAACAUUUCGCGCUGUGAUGUGCACGCUGCCAUUGCAAACAUUCAUCACAUACCAAAGCGAGCUUGGCGCGCGGUUGUAGUCGACAAUCUCACCCUGACGGACGCCGAAAAUCCACUCGCACGUUUGCUGCACAACGCAGUGCACACAAAGAAGGACAACAUCAUUCUGGCUCCGACAAGCUUGCAUCAUGCGUACGCCGACGCCGUAUUCAAUAGCAAGCAGAUAAAUGGCAUUGAUUUGCAUCGGAUCGUGAGCGACGCGCUGACGCACAAUGCAACUGAUCAGGUCGUCACUGGUGUGAAAGAGUUUGUUCAACUAAAUGUAGCGGCGAUGGGUGUCGAGGGUAACACGCUCAUUCCCAAAGUAAAUGAUAUUAAUAUAACCGAUUUAAAUGAAAGUAUUUUGGAUGCCACGGGGGUAAAUCUCAAUGGUGGCAUUCGCGGAAGGAAAACCUUUUUCGGCGGGGUACAAACCGAUCGUUUCACAACACCUGUUGCCUCCGGUGUCCUGCCUGAUAAUUUAGUCUCUCUGGAUAGUUUAAGGCCCAUUCCGAAGGCUACCUUCGAUGAUUUGACCAUUCGGAACACGUUGAACAUCAACAUGGUGAACAAUGUUAACUUUAGCAAGUUCCUCGAUGAUAGGCUGCUACUGGAUGCGGGUCACGAUCAAACCACAACCGCAAAUUACUACUUUGAUGCGUUACAGCUCAAUGGGAAAACCACAAUCCCGAACGUAAAUGAUAUUAAUCUUGAUGAUGUCGUCUUCGAUGAUGGUCUGCAGGUUAUAAAAGAGCCGAAAAAGUUCACGCAGGGUUUAGAAGUUCAAGGUGACGCCAUUAUUGAAGUCCUAAAUGGGUUACCAGUUAGUGAUUUGUACCAAAAUUCAAUUCUUCUUCAGAAAGAAGCGAGAAUUAACGGAAAUAUUAAUCUUUUGGCGCCUUCGCAAAUAACCGGAGACAUUCGCGCCGAGAGCAUUAACGGCGUUCCAUUUGAGCACAUUCGUGAAAUACUGCGCUCUGAUAAUCAUCGCGUGCGCAUCGAAGUAAUAAACGAUGCACUCCGCCAAAUUGAAGGAUUAGUUACAGAAAACACCGAUGUUAUCAAAAGAUUACCACAUGAAUAUUUAUAUCUUGAACGAUCGGAUGAUCUUCAAAUCCAACUGGAGAAUACUCACGAUGCCCAAAUCAUCGAGAAAAAAGAUGGCGUCUUGAUGCACAUUCACACGAGUGAACCAGGUCCAACUUGUGGCUUACCAAAUGAUUGCACAUGUCCUAAUCAAAGGACAGUCAGUAUACAUCCAGGAAAAACACAUGGUUUCUUUGAGAAUAAAUACGAUCAAAGAAUAUAUUCAUAUGAAGAUCGUGAGGUGAUCAUUGAUGUAAUCACCAACACAAAAAGUCGAAGUAAAUUAUGCAGUUCCAAUUCAUCUCAGGAGUAUACAUCCGUAAAUUGGUACACUUUCGCUGGGGAAGGAAAAAAAUAUAAUUUCCCUGAACAUAUCACUGGAUAUAUCUCAGAUGUGAAGUUCUUCGCGUUGGAUGGACAUGUUUAUGUGAUAUUGGCGAAGUUGUAUGAUAGUAGUCAUGAUACCACUGAACUAGACUCGAUGGUGCUGCGUCUUUCGCAGGAUAAAACACAAGUUGAACAUGUUCAUAAGCUGCGUACCAAUGGCGCAUCGACGUUGCACGUCUUCCAUACUGCUCAGGGGGUUAAUUUGGUCAUUGGUAAUGUUGGCAGUGGGUUGUUCUAUGAAACACUUACAACGGACAUCUAUAGAUUUAAUCGUGAAACCAAAAUGUUCCAAUUAUUAAGACUGGUCCCAACAACAGGUUGUACAUCUGCGACGUCAGUAGUGUUAGGCGCUGAUAGUUUAAUUAUCCUAGCGCAGAAAAACAGUCCUCUGCAGGUUUUAAAGUAUAAUCCUUUCUAUCAGACGUAUUAUUUCCAUGAGACGAUUCUUCAUGAGUUGCCUGUGACGAGUGUAUCAGUAUUUUAUACUGGAGAUUUUGGUAGAAGUGAUGCGUAUUUAACUGCAGUCACAGAUAAAGGACACUUUUAUAUCUAUUCCUAUCACUAUCUUAUUGGUUGGAAGACGGAAUCCGAAGGGCAGUUAAUGGGUUUAACCGCCCUUGUGCCUUUGGAAAUCGCCAAGAAGCAGUAUUUAUUCGCGCCGUCUUCUAGUACAACAAGUACACUGCUGACGAUUGUUAAACAAGGUGUUUAGUUGUUGAUAAGUGUUUAUUUAAUGUUUGUUAAUUGUUAUACGCAUUAUAGUAUUGAUGUGAAGUGUUUAUAAUAAAGAAGGACAAUGAAAGAA